UAAAGACCACAGUAAAGAACAAGAAUAACAUAGACAUAAAAAACUAUUCAAAUCUGACGGCAUUUUUAAAGAGACGCUCUGAUGGGUAUGUUGCAAGAAAAUCGAAGGUACUUUCGCCAACUGACGUCGAAAAGUUUUUAAAAGAAGCCCCCGAUUAUCAGUAUUUAGCAACAAAGGUUGCAAUGAUAUUUGGUGUCACUGGCGCGUGUAGACGCCAAGAACUAAGCGAAGUAACGGCAAAAGACGUAGAAACUCAUGGCCAAAUGCUUUUGAUUAAAAUUAACAACACUAAAAAUAAGGUACCGAGAUCGUUUGCCAUUCACGGUCCAUUUUACGACAUAGUAAAAAAGUACGAAGCGCUUAGGACAGAUAAGGCAAAAUCCGAUCGGUUUUUUCAAAACUACCAGAAGGGUAGAUGCGUGGCUCAGCCAACAGGCAUUAAUAAAUUUGGUGCAAUGCCUAAAGAAAUUGCCAAGUUUUUAAAUCUACCCGACCCGGAUUUAUACACUGGGCAUAGUUUCCGAAGAACAUCAGCUACAUUGCUAGCUGACUCGGGAGCUGAUUUGCUUACUUUAAAGCGUCAUGGUGGCUGGCGAUCUAGCACAGUUGCUGAGUCUUAUGUUGAAGAUUCAGUUCGAAAUAAGUCCAACAUAUGUACUCAAAUAACCCACGCUAUAAAUCUGGAGCCCCAGGUUAAGAAGAUGUGUCCUGAACCGCAGCCAUCCACCUCCCGUGAUACAAGCCAUGUCGUGGUUUCAAAUAAGGCCUUCGAGUGGCCUCCGGCCGAACAGGAGCGUUCUGAGAGCUCAGAGUAUCGGCCGCGAUCGCUGACGGAAGCCCCAGCCCCUGCAAGCUUGACUGUGUGGCUUCCCCUGCAUCCGUACCAGGAAAUGACGAACCAGGCGUGGGCCAUUCAGAAUCAUACCAAUGUUUCUUAA